AUGUUCUCAAACAAUUAAUACAAACAUAACUUCAAGAACAGUUUCAACGAGUAUUAUUCUGGUCAAUCCUAUACUUCACUACCUAGAUUUCUAUUAAUUCAAGAAUUUAAUAAAGAUGCUAAAGAAAUGAGCCAAUUUGUUCCAUUUAUUAGAGAGCGAGAUUAGAUGAAUCGUUUAGUUCGUAUUAAUUCAGAGAAACAUAAAUUAAACAUUAAUAAAUCAAGAUCUCCAUCUAAUAGAAAUUAAACUCCUGAUUAAUUUUGGUAAUUUAACAAAAAUCAAAUAAUCCCAGAAAAGAGAUAAAAGAGGAGCUUUAAAUUUAAUUACUAAAUCAAAACAGAACCUAAAACAGAAUAAAUAUUAGAACCUCUUCCAAAUAAAUAAAACGAAUUAGAUAUAUCUAAUGUUAAAACGGAUAGAAAUGUAAUUUACCCUCCCAUUCAAAUGAAAUAGAGAAAUAAUAAAUUAGCACAUACUAAUUUAUAUGGAAAGUAGAAUGAAGAAUCUAAAAAAUAAUAAAUUUCAAUACCUUUUGAGAUGCUUUAACCUUACAUUAACUAAGAAAUGGAAUUAAUAAAAUAAGAUCUCUUUUUUAAAGUAGAUCAAGAUUAUUAAUUUCCCAGUGACUUGAGUGAAAAAUUAAUCUAGCAAAAAAAGUAAUUAUUAUAUAUUAAAUGUCUUUUCUAAGACAUAUAGAAAAUUUGAAAAAAAGACUUAAAGAAUGGGGUGAAACGAAAACGGAGGAAGAUAUUGAAGAUUUAAAAUAGCAUGCUAAAUUCAUUCUUUCUAAAAAUUCUUGA